CUGCCACUGUCCCGGUUGCAGCUCCGCACAGUCCCCUGGCACAGGCGAGGAGCAGGAGCUUCAGAGGUGUCGCCGCGUAGCAGCAACUGCAGCUUGGGGGCUCGGAACGAACGAGAACAAACAGGCAUGGGGAAGGGCCGGGCACCGUGCUGCGCCAAGGUGGGGCUCAACAAAGGCUCCUGGACGCCGGAAGAGGACAUGCGCCUCAUCGCCUACAUUCAGAAGUACGGCCACGCCAACUGGCGCGCCCUGCCCAAGCAAGCAGGUCUGCUGCGGUGCGGGAAGAGCUGCCGGCUGCGGUGGAUCAACUACCUGCGCCCGGACCUCAAGCGCGGCAACUUCACCGCCGAGGAGGAGGAGGCCAUCAUCAAGCUCCACGGCUUGCUCGGGAACAAGUGGUCCAAGAUCGCGUCGUGCCUGCCGGGCCGGACGGACAACGAGAUCAAGAACGUCUGGAACACGCACUUGAAGAAGCGGGUGUCGCCGGCCGGGGAGGAGCGCGGCGCCGCCGGGUCCAAGAAGAAGAAGAAAAAGAAGACGACGAAGGCAGCCGCUGGCGGUGGCGCGGAGGCGCCGCUGCCGCUCCCGUCGCCGUCGCCGUCCUCGUCCACGACGACGACCAACUUCUCCAGCGGCGACUCCGGCGAGCAGCAGAGCAACAACAUGAGCAAGGAAGCGGACGACGAGCUGGACCUGGAGAACUUCGAGAUGAUGCCGAUGCUCGACGUCGACGACCCCAGCUUCGGCUUCGGCACGCUGGUGGACACCGCGCCAGCGCCGUACGGCUCGGCCGUGUCCGUGUCCGCGUCCGCGGCAACGUCGCCGUGCGCCUCGUCCACGUCCCCGCCGCCGGCGAGCGCCCCGCCCGGCGUGGACGACCUGCUCGUGCUGCCCGAGAUCGACAUGGGCCAUGAGCUGUGGAGCAUCAUCGACGGCGACGCCGCCGAGGCACCGGCGCCGCGCUGCCAGAGGAAUCCGGCAGAGCCGACGAACGGCGCCGACGCGGGCAGCCACGGAGCGGAGGGAAAGGAGUGGUGGUUGGAGGACCUGGAGAGGGAGUUGGGCCUGUGGGGCACCGUGGAGGACUACCAGUACCCAAUGGGCCCCCAGGGUCUGCUGGUCGCUGACCACCCGGACCCGCUUCCUGCCAUGGUGGACGACCCAGUGUCCUGCUACUUCCAGGCGGGCCCCGCCUCGGCCGUGCUCCAGGAACUACCCGGAUACCCUGUCCCUGCUACUGCAGUCACAGGCAGUAUUAAUCAGAUGGGGUUGUGAGAUGCUGAGAGUGUCGUCGUCGUUCAUUUGCGAUCUUUAGGUAGCAAAUAGGAACUACGAUAGACAACAGCAUAUUAUUGCUUGUAUAUAAUUGUACAAGUGCAUAGCUCUAGACGAGCAGAAACUACUCAAUACCAAUACGUCGAUGGAGCGUAAAAUGGGAGAUCAGUUAGGCUAGGAUGCACAUGAUACGGAAGAGCUAAAAAGAUCGUAUUUUUUUGCAGUAUUGAGCAAUGGAGUCAUAGAUUCACAAA